CACUGAUAUAAAAUUAGAUGAAGUGAAGCAGAAGCCCUCAAUAUAAAGCAGUCCAAUGCGGGGUCACAAUGAAGAGGAAACCUUCUCUCAAUAAGAUCUCUGCUGCAACCACUAUGGGCUCAAUGAAAUCAGCUGGAGUUUCUCUUCUUUUCUUGUCCAUUCUUCUGCUUUCUAAACCACCUUCUCUUGUGGGUUGUCCCAGCUGCAUGCUGGUAGAGAGUUUAUUUUCAAGAGAGCUCCCAAUAUACCAGUGUGCAGGAUGCUGCUUCUCCAGAGCAUAUCCAACACCUCGCAGUGCCAUGGACACAAUGGCGGUACCAAAGAACAUCACUUCAGAGGCAACGUGCUGCGUUGCCAGUCAUACCUCUGAGGUAAACGUAAAUGGCAUAACACUGAAAAACCACACAGGCUGUCACUGCAGCACUUGCUAUUUUCAUAAGAAAGCGUAACAGAUGGAGGACCUGAGACCUUUCUGCAGCUUUCAGCUUGGAGACACACUGUCUUUCUUUUAAUAUGUGCAAGCUGGUUUUUGUUUUAAAGUACAUAUUGUUGUUAUUGCCAGAUACCUUUUUGAUUGUGUUCCUGCACCUGUGAUGUGUAAUUAUUGGCUUUCAUUAUUGCAUAGUUAUAAAAGUAUUUAAUUAAUUGUGAAUUUUUUUCAAUCAAUUAAAAUGUGCACGAUUA